CAGAGAACUCAGAGUCGCGCAAGUCAGUCGGUCGGUACGGCGCUGCGUGCGGAUAGGAGUGCGUCUCGUCCCCGCGCGCAGGACAAAAAACCGUGGAUUAAAGGAAAGCGCGCGCGCGUGUGUGCGUGCGUGUCCGGUCCAUGCGCGAGCGCUCGCUCUGGUGGUCGCGCGCUGUCCGCCUCCUCCUCCUCGCUCGUCUUUUGCUGCUCAUCCCGCGGUGAGGCUCUCAUGCUCGGACGGGAGCGCGGCUUGAGCGGGACGGCGCUGCGGGAGAAACCGGAGUGUUCACAGAAUAUAUGGAGACAAGUUUAGGCAUGAUGCCGGAAGCGGAAGACAGUGGAGAUAAGGUGUUGGGAAGCCUGGCGAUGGCCGAUGGGGAGAUCUCGGACCGCCGGCUCGGGCUCGUGGAGAAGAUCCCGCUGGUGAAGCCGUGCUUUAAGAAGAAGCACGCGCAGAGGAAGCUGGACGCGAAGUGCCUGCGGGCGCUGGAGGACCCCAUCCUGAGCUCCAUGGACGACCUGUUGGCUGGAGACGGCAUUUUCGUGCCGCGGACUACGGCGCCCGCGUCCGCGCGGCCGAGCCUGAUGUGCGCCGCGGCGGUGGCGGUGGAGCUCGAGGAGAAAGCGCAGGGCAACGGCGCCAAGGCCGGCGCGGACAGGGACUCCGGCAGCGAGGCGACCACGCGGGACGCGGCGGCGACACCGACAGCACCGCCGGCGCUGGCGGCGGCGGCGGCAGUGGUGGAGGAUGACAAAGCGGCGGCGGGUCACGGCGAGCUUUUCCGCGACAAGACCGACGAGGCCUCUCUGGAUCUAGUGUUCGAGCUGCUCAUGCAGCUGCAGUACCACACGCGCCAGGACGACGACGUGCACGUCUGCGUGGAUUUCUUGCGCGGCGCGUGCCCGUACGGCAGCGAGUGCGCGCGGCACCACACCGCGCUGCCCUACCACUGGCAGAUCCGGCGCGCGGAGACGCGCGUCUGGCAGAGUGUCGCCGAGGACGCGCAGGAGCAGCUGGAGAGACUCUACUGUAACCCGGACAAUGAACAGGUCCGGCUCAAGUUCCUGGGUCGAGUGUUCAUGCUGGACUUCAGCGCCAUGAGGGUGUGCGAUCUGGAGUUCGACCUCGUCAGACGGUUGUCCACGCCCUCCAGCUUCGGAGCCGAGCCGCCCAGUACGGCGAACCCCGCCUCCAGCACAAACCCCGCCCCCAACUAUCUCACAGUGUGGAAAUAUUACUGCCGAGAUAACUUCGGCUGGAGGGAGUACUCGGAGCCUGUAGUACGUUUGAUAGAGGAAGCCACCGAGCGAGGGAUGAAGGAGGUGCGCUUCAUCACGCUUCAGAACCAGUACAUCCUGAACAUCCGCGAGGGCUUCCAGCAGAACGCCGUCUUCGGUUUCCGCCGCCAGAUCAAAAAACGACCACACUUCAUGUCCUCUGUUCGGCUCUCGCCCUACCUGCAGACUCUUGGAGGUCUCAGCGGUCUGGAAGUUGUCGUGUCGCAGCCCCUUUCACCCACGCCCUCCUCAGGACCGCGGGUUUUCCCCGAGACGUGGGUUCCUAUGAACGCCGAACAGGACUUUGUCCAGGUGCCGGUGUUGCGCGAGGACCGCAGCUACCGCACCGUCUACAACCUCUUCCACAAAACGGUAUCGGAGACCAAGUUCCGCAUCCUGAAGAUCCUCCGCGUCCAGAAUCCGUUCCUCUGGGAGAAAUACAAGCGGAAGAAGGAGUACAUGUCGCGGCGUAUGUCGGAGACGGAGCGCCUGUUGAACGAGCGCCACCUGUUCCACGGCACCUCGCAGGACGUCGUCGAGGGCAUCUGCAAGCACAACUUCGACCCCCGCGUGUGCGGGAAGCACGCCACCAUGUUCGGCCAGGGUAGCUACUUCGCACGGCGGGCGGCGUAUUCGCACAGCUUUGCACGACGCUCGCCGCGCGGCAUCCACUACAUGUUCCUAGCCAAAGUGCUGACGGGAAAGUUUACCGUGGGCAAUCCGGGCAUGCGGCGGCCGCCCCCGAUCUGUCCCCGCCAGCCCGCCGGAGACCUCUUCGACUCGUGCGUGGACAACUGCGUAGACCCUCAGAUCUUUGUCAUAUUCAACGACGACCAGAGUUAUCCGUAUUUUAUUAUCCAGUACGAGGAGGUCGCGAACACCGUCGCCAUCUGAGCGGACGCCACAUGCACAGGAGGACGUUAAUCUCGUUGGGGUUUUUUUUGUCGGAAGUCACGGACGGUACGAACCGUUCAAUCGGCAGCGCGCGCAUGUUCGAGGAACUGAUUUCCAGGCUUCCAUUAUGCGGCGCAGUGUGUCCGUUCACGACUCCCCAUCCCACUUUCGGUUCAGCAUUGACUCUCUUUUUUUUUUUCUCUUAUUUUUAAAGGCCCACACCCUUCCCAUGUCGCUGCCAUCCGUUUUACUUAAUUAAUUUCUUGUACAUACUGUAUGCUUUCCUUGUUUAUAUUUGAACUGUGUGCUUUUUGUUCAUAAAAAUUAUUUAUGUUAGUUAAUGUAAGAAAUAAAGAUUGAAAGUGAA